AUGAUUGACAAUUCUGAUUACCAAGAAACCACAACUGAUGAUGAUCCAACCUCAAAGAGGGCACCGUGUAAUUGUAACUUGGAUGAAGAGGAUCACAAAUGCGAAAGCCCCGAGCCCCCUCCCGAUGUUCCGAAAUGGUACUUGGCAGUUUAUGUUGGGAGUGAGCUUUGGAGAUUCAUCAUUCCAACUAGCUACCUUACUCAUUCUCUCUUUAAGUUAUUGCUUGAGAAGGCUGAAGAUGAGUUUGGAUUUAACCAUAAUGGUGCUCUCACUAUUCCUUGUGAGCCUGAGACCUUCAAGUAUCUCCUUAGAUGCAUAGAGACUAACUACGACACCCAUCAAGGUAGCUCCUGUAAGUUGAUUUUCUUUCUCAUCUUCUAUGUAUGGUCUCAUCAUAGAGACCAACUACAGGAUCAGGUUGAAACAAAUAAGGCUUUGUUUGGUGUAAAAAGCACAUUCGAUGAGGAACUAUAUACAACAAAGCUUGAAAAAGGACCUCGGACAAGAGAAUUGGAAAAACAAGCCUUAAGAAUAGCAAGAGAAAUUGAGGGUGAGGAAACCCAAGAUCUGCAUCUUGCGGAGCUAACACUUGUUAAGCACAUACUUGGGAGUGGUUGUUCCUUACUAAGACACUAUUUGAUUCAUUUGUUACUAGGAGAACCAGGAACUGGUGGUUCAUCUACGCCAUCAAUGGUUGGUGCUGUAAAAAAAUGGCAAAAGUCUGACCCUCAAAAAUCCCUGGACACAUGGAGAAGACUGUCAGAGGCGAAUUCGCAGUUAGAAAUUCAACUGAACUCUUUGAGUAAAUUAGCAAAGGAACAAUGGGAUGCAUAUAAAUUUGUGAUUGAUAGCUGCAGCAAGCUUAGAUCAGAAAAGUGGAUAGAGCAAGCUUCUGAACCCAACAAGGAAGCAGUUAUUAAAGCAUUGCUAGGUGCAAAAGAAGCUAUGCUUGGGAUUAGAUAUCAUAUGCACCUAAUGGGUGAGGCUGCAGGUAUUCCUAUUGAACCAGAAUCACAAACAAAACUUUUAGAUGCUACACUAAACUUGGAAGGAGUGUUGUUGGCUGGAGUUCCAGGAGUAGGAGGAUUUGAUGUUGUCUUUGCUGUUACUUUGGGAGAUUCAAGCAGCAAUGUGACAAAAACAUGGAGCUCACUCAAUGUUCUUGCCCUUCUGGUUAAAGAAGAUCCUUGUGGCGUUUCUUUAGAAAGUGCUGACCCUAGAACAAAUGAAAUCACUUCAGCUGUAUCUUCAAUUCAUAUUGAAUAA